CGACUAAGGAGGCGGCAACUUCACUCCUGUGUAGCAGUGCAAUUAAUCUCGGCCCAAAGACACUACUUCUCUCAAUCCAGUUGAUCAAGCUGGACUCUGGCGUACUCUACCACUAAUCCUCGAGGGUUAGUUUGAUCAACCCAACGGGCUCAGGAACUGGGCAUGGCACAGCAGCGGCGGUCACCUUACCGGCAUAGACAAGCGUCGUUGUGCUCGAACUCGCCCGUAGGGCGCCGGAAGUACUCGUUGCGACAUCCAACAAGUGCCAGCGCUCCCAAGUCAGCGUCUUCCCACGCCUCGGUCGCGUCUUCCUCAACAGAUCGUGCCGUCUUGGUACCGCUGCACCUCAAUUUGCGCAGGCUUCCGUCACGCCUUCGGUUGUUAGCUCGAGACGGCAUGUAUCGUGCAGAAACAUUUGCUGCCCAGGUUGGCGCGAAGCGAAAGCGCGUCCCGAGCGGCAAUGAGAAUGGACAUGCCCAUGGGCGCCCAACGCGUGGUGCAGGCAAGAUGAAGCGCCAGCGUUCGACGCGCUCGGACGUGACGACGGACGAAGAGGCUGCUAGCUCUAUGGACGUUGAUUUUGCAGGGCAAUGGAGCGGGUCUGAUCCUGAGGGGGAGGAAGAUGACGAAUGGAAGCCUGAAGGUGAUAACUACCUCAUUCACGAGGCCUCCGAACGCGAACUCCUGCGGCUUCGAAAAGAAGAGCUCGUCCGUCUAUACGCUGAAGCCGGAUUGUCCGAGGACGCCGAGAGUCUCACAAAACAGGAGAUAGUGCACGCUAUCAUCGAAGCUCGUGACGAUACCGCAGAGCUGCCGCCAUCGUCACCUCCUGGCCGUGGUGAUGGCAACUCGAGCGAUUAUUCCUCGGAGGAUGGGAACGUUGCCGGCGAUGAAGAGAACGAGUUACGUAACCGGUAUCCCGCCCGUGCCAGCGCGCUUCGUCGUCGAGUGACAGUGCACGAACUUGGCGUGGUGUCCAAGCAAAUGCCCAACGCGCGUAGUCUCUCUAUGGGACAGUUAGGUGUCGCCGAGGCGAAAAAGGCUCCGAAGAUUGCUGGGGGAUCAAGAAGUCCUGUGGCUCAAAAUCCUUCGUUCUUGACGAGACGGCGUAAUGCUCAUGCCAAUUCCUCUCGUUCCCCUACGACGUCCACGGCUUCGGCGUCGCUCCCAUCACCCCCUCUCACACGGCUUCGUACUCGCCAGGUCUCAGGCAGCAGCACCACCUCUUCACUCAAAAGCUCAGCCUCUCGCCGAGGAAAAGCGCGUCAAGUUGACUUCAACGAAGAUGUCCGAGUAUACUCGUCGAGGGAAUCGAGUCAAGAGGCCGAUGAAGAGAGUGAACUCACUGACCUCACGGAGCUCGAAGACAGCCAGCAAAUGGCGACGCCUCGCCCGAGCCGGGGGAGAGCUGUCAAAGGAAAAGGACGAGCAGUCAAAGACGACGAAACCGUGGAUGAGCUUGGAAGGAGGAAAACUCCCAUGCGUAAGGCGAAGGGCAGGGUGGGGUCGCUCAAGGAAUCGGAUACCGAAGAGGAGGACAAAUUGUUGGAUGAAGGCAACGGGGAGGAGGAAGAGGUUGACGAGCUUGUUUCAUCCCCGUCGCCCACACCACCACCCUUAGGUCGAAGGACGCCUCUACGGCGCCGCCUCCGGCCUAGGCGAACGCUCACCCAGACUGCAACCCCACCUAGUGAAGGAGAUCAGGCGAUUAUAGACGAGGAGGGCGAGGAGGGCGAUGCUGAGGAUGGUGAAGAGGAGGAGGAACAGGAAGAAGGUGAUGAAGGCGAAGUUGAUGAAGGCGACGAGACGGCCGUGGAGGUCACGCCCAAGAGGCUAAGAAGCGGCAAAAUCGUCGGCGACGAGGAUAUGGAUGAUGCGCACGCUGAGGAUGACGAAGGAGACAACUCGGAUGAUCAAGAGGUCGAGGAAGAGGUCGAGGAUGCCGAUGCUGAAGGUGAAGAGGAGGAUGAACCCAUGGAAGAAGAGAUCGACCUCACCGCCGCCACAGCGAAGACCCUCGUUCGCCUACGACGAGAUGAUCUAGUCAGAAUGUGCGAGAGCCGUGAUCUCGACGUUCAAGGGACGAAGCCGCAAUUAGCAGAGUCCUUGUUACAUUGGCGUGAUCAUCAAACACUUUCACCGUCAUCAGCGGGUACUGCACGUCCUCCUUCAACUGUUCGUCCUGGUAGGAGAAUGAAGACACGGAGCGGCAGUCCUCCUCAGACGCCCAUCCUUCUUCGCCGCUCACACUUUCACACGGAUGAACCUCGGACACCCCCCUUGUCCCAGCAAGUUAAUUGCAAAGAGACGGAGCCGGAACUUGAGUUGGACCUGGAGAGUUUGGGGUUGGAAGAACGGGAAAUCCCGGCAGAUAAGCUGACGAAGCUUGACAAGAUCGGGAGCGGUGGUUUCAAAGACGUAUUUACAGGGAAAUAUAAGGGAAGAAGGGUCGCCAUUGCCGAGUUCCGUGGCCAACUGACUGCAAUGGAUAUCAAAGAGCUCAAACUCCUCGGGCUGUUCGAUCAUCCGAACAUAGUUCGAUUCUUCGGAGUAAGCAUUCCAGAGAACACGCGGGACACGCCUGUCAUGAUCGUCACUGAACUGUGCUCGAACGGCGAUCUGUUCGACUACAUUCGAAACGUCCAACCACCGUCUCUGUAUAAGGUCCUGGGCAUGAUGCUUGAUAUCGCCCGGGGUAUCGAGUAUCUGCACUUGCGCAAACCAUCCGUCAUUCACCGCGACUGCAAGAGUUCGAAUAUCCUCAUCACCAGUCAAGGCAAGGCGAAGAUUGCCGACUUCGGGCUGGCGAAAGUUAAGCAAAGCACGCGGUCGAUGAUGCGAAGCCUUGUUGGCACGGUCAAUUGGCAGGCCCCCGAAUUAUGGAGCCCUCAUCCCAAGUACAAUCUUAAGGUCGACGUAUUCUCCUGUGGCAUGGUCUUUUGGGAGAUCCUACAGUGGCAUCUGCCGAACAAGAAGUUUCCGUGGGAGGGCAUGAACGAGCACGCUAUUUAUGACUUGGUUGGCGCUAAAGGACAGCGCCCUUCCGUCAGUGGACUUGCAAAACGCUGGUGCCCGGAGAUUGUUGCACUCAUCGAACGUAUGUGGGCGCAAGACCACAAGGAUCGACCGACCAUGUCGGAAGUCGUUCAAGAGCUCGAAGAGUUGGUUCAACAAUAUCGUUGAUUCUGGACCCCGACUCGGUCCGGACUGCCAUGGGCCUCGGUGUGUACAUUAUCCAUUCCUCUAUGCCCUCAUUCUAUGGAUCACCGUUCCCUUCUGGACUCGACCUAUAUAGUAACCCCUGACCAUUUGACACGCUUGUACUUCAUCAAUCCAUCCAAAUCAUCGAACACGCAUACUUUAGCAUUGUAUUGUAGCCAAUCAUGAACAAAAUAAAAUAACAGUGC